AUGGCUGGUUUAAGAGUUCUCGUCACUUAUGUGUUUGUGUGUGGAGUUCAAAGUAAUGUUCAAUUUGGGUAUUUUCACAAGGUUUGCAAUGACGUGAAAAAGCUGGGAUUUCAAAGGUGGACCCACCAUGGAGUGGUGAACUACGUUCACUGCGCCACGCGAUGCGUCAGCGACAACCAGUGUCUUUCAUUUCAGUACAACCCCUUAACAGGUGUCUGUACUGGCAACAACGUCUCACACGGAAACUCACAGGAGUUUGGCGAAAUUGUUGACACGGGCAACUGUAUAUUCUAUCCAGUUGAAGAGACCGGAACAAUUGGAGUUGAAUGUAACAACAAUGCGGACUGUCAUGUGACCAUGUCAGUCUGCUACCAGGGGAUAUGCAAAUGUACUCCCGGCUACAGUUUCAGUCCGACAAACGUUACUUGCGUCAGAGUGUGUUCGGAGUAUGGCUUAGAUAUGACCAAAUAUCCUGGACUUAGUAUUUCUGGUCAUAACACCAUCACUUCCUACGGCCUCACCCCUGAAGAGUGCGUCACAGCAUGCGUCACACAAACCACGUAUGUUUGUGUGAGCACAGACAUGAAACUCAGUGAUGGCAGGUGUUCUCUGCAAGAAGUGGGCUAUCUCGAUGUUAAUGUGCCUGACCGUGAAACAGAAGUGGACGGCUGGGUGUUCUCAACAAGAAACUGUGCUGCCUAACGUAACAAUGAUGAAUAUAAAAGGAUGAUGAUGGAUCGAAUUGUAAUUUACAAGCUUUUGUAUAUUUCCGUCAGUAGACAGUGACAUUAAUCAUGUGGUACAUGUUGUAUGCAAUACAGCAUACAACCGAAAACGUAUACGUUAUUGCUAUAUAAACUAACGUAUAUCACCACUGAUCUUACUGACUGUUUGUUUAAUGCCCCAAAACAAAAUGUGAAUACGUUCCAAAUCACCUGUUUCACAAAAAGUCCAUCUAGUAUAUUUCAAUGCAUUGUAUAUUCCUACAUAGCCGUGACAAGACCGAAAAUAACUUCUGUCACUGGUGGAAUGCAAUUCGCAAAGUUCCACCGACCGAAUUCUCGAGCCAAGAUACUACUGCCAGUAUGACGUCACUGUGUUGACAGUUUGAUCGGUUGUCGUAAAUCGAAAAGCUUGAGGAAAGCAUUACCGGUUCAAGACCGAGAAAUCUUAGUUCCGAUUCACUAAUUAUAUUUUCUUGUCUUGGGUUACACAUAUCCACGAGGGGGCACGGGUGGCCCAGUCGUCUGAGACGGCGCGAUACGCUGUCCAGAGUUGCGUCCCUUGGGCACGCCAAAACUUAUGAUUUUUGUGGGUUCGUAUCCAAGUUUGCCCGAUUGUGUUUCUAGGUUUUGUCAGCACCAUACCCGUGCUCGUGGGUUUCACCGAAGUGGUAAGCGUCUGAGACCUGCAUCACUUCGGGCUUUCCUCCCACAUUAAGCUGACACACCGUGAUAUAACUCGAAUAAUGUUAAAAGCGGCGUUACUCACUCACUCACUCACUCUCUCACUUAUAUCCACGUCCUAGUGUCCGGUUUGAUUAUCAUGGGAAACUCCGAGAUCCAUAUUUCGAUUUGAUUGAUAAAUGGAAGUGUACGUAAAAUCAUCCUUGUGAACAUCAUUAACUGAAUGUAAUACUGUUAAAAGAAUAAUUAUAAUAUUAUUGUUUAUAAUGCAAUAAAUGUUCAUUGUGUA